AUGUCAGUUCAGGAGAAUGGGGUUUGUAUACCCACAUUCUGGGGCACCUCGGGUAGAAAGCUGCAGAUGCUGGUCACUGCCGUUGCUACGGCCGACUUCUUACUCUUUGGGUAUGACCAGGGCGUCAUGUCCGGCAUCAUCUCUGCUGAUGCCUUCACCGAGGAUUUCCCAGAAGUCGUGACUGGAGGUAGUGCGUACGAGGGCUUCGUGACCUCCAUUUACGCCGUUGGCUGCUUCCUCGGCGCCGUCUUCAUCCUCCUCUUCGGUGACCACUUGGGCCGUCGCAUGUCGAUAUAUCUUGGUGCCACGACGAUGAUCGUGGGUGUCAUUAUCCAGGUUUCCUGUGUCCCCGUUAGCGGAGGCACAACCGCGCAGUUUAUCAUUGGACGUUGCAUCACCGGUGUCGGGAAUGGGAUCAACACUUCUACAAUCCCUACCUACCAGGCCGAGUGCAGCCACUCUCAUAACCGCGGCAAGCUCAUCUGCAUCGAAGGGGGAAAUGUGGCCAUCGGGACACUGAUCGCGUAUUGGAUCGACUACGGUGCCAUUUACGGCCCUCACGAUUUCACUUGGAGGUUUCCAAUCGCUUUCCAAUGCGUCUUUGCUAUUACUGUUCUUAUUCUGAACACUAGACUUCCCGAAUCGCCAAGAUGGCUCCUUACCAAGGAUAAGCACGAAGAGGCUGCGAUGGUCUUGGCAGCGCUGGCUGGCAAGCCAACAGACGACUACGAGGUUCGCUCCCAGAUGACCGCGAUUGUUGAAUCGAUCAAGGCUUCUGGUCACUCGGGCGGCGUAACGCCCAUGUCUGCCCUAUUCACCAACGGCAAGACGCAGCAUUUCCGUCGUAUGAUCUUGGGAUUUUCAUCCCAGAUGAUGCAGCAGCUCUCUGGAUGCAAUGCCGUCAUAUACUAUUUUCCCAUUUUGUUCCAGACAUCCAUUGGCGUCUCCCACAACAUGGCUCUUCUUCUAGGAGGCGUCAACAUGAUUGUGUAUUCGAUCUUUGCAACAACCUCAUGGUUUGCAGUCGAGCGCAUCGGCCGCCGAAAAUUAUUCCUCAUCGGGACCGUUGGGCAAUGCUUAUCCAUGGUUCUCGCCUUUGGUGCUCUCAUCCCCGGGACUGAGGCGGCUGCCAGAGGUGCCGCCGUCGGGCUGUUCACCUAUAUUGCCUUCUUCGGCGCCACUUGGCUACCUCUUCCUUGGUUAUACCCAGCGGAGAUCAACCCUCUAAAGACCCGCACGAAAGCCAACGCCGUCUCUACGGUCUCAAAUUGGUUGUGGAACUUCUUCAUCGUCAUGAUUACGCCCGUGCUCGUCGAUAACAUUGGUUGGGGAACAUACCUAUUCUUCGCCGUCUUGAAUGCCAUCUUUUUCCCCAUCAUCUACUUUUUCUAUCCCGAAACGUCGCAGAGAUCCCUGGAGGAAAUCGACCACAUAUUUGCCAAGGGUUAUACGGAGAAUAUGAGCUAUGUCCGUGCUGCGAAGGAACUUCCCCGGCUGUCGGGUGAGAUUAAUGCCCAAACUGUGGGGAGGGACGACGUAGAUGUCGAGAAGAGCGGGGAGGUCAGUGAUGAGAUGGACUCUAGAAGUGUCGAAAAUACAGAGAAACUCUCGCAUUUGGACUGA